CCCCAAAGAAGUAGAUGUAGCGGAACUGUUGGAAGUUUAGAUGUUUAGUACUCGUGAUCUACGGAAUCAUUUUAGUGUAACUCUACGAUGGCCUCUCCGAAGAAAACAUGUGUGCAGUUGUGUGGGGACGAUGUAGAGCCUCAGUUUGAGGACAUUCACCGGAGUGAUUCUGAAGGACGGAGCAAUGAUGAAAUGUCAGAUGAUGGAGGAGAAAAUGACAGAGAUGGUGAAGAUGAGGAGGAAGAGGGUGAGGAAGGAGAUGAUAGUAAUGCCAACGCUGGAUGGGCGCAGGCCAUGGCAAAGAUUCUGGGCAAGAAGACCCCUGAAAGCAAAAUCAGCAUUCUGGUGAAGAACAAAGAGCUGGACAAAAUGAAGGACAGACAGAGAGAGGAACAGCUGGAGAGGAAGAAAGAGGUUGACAAGAGGCGAGCAUGGGAGAUGAUGUACAGGGAGAAACCUGACAUAGUGAUGGACCGUGAAACUGAAAAGGCUCUACAGAGAAUUGCUACCAGAGGGGUGGUUCAGCUAUUCAAUGCUGUAAGGAAACACCAGAAAACAAUGGAUGACAAGGUGAAAGAAGUCGGUGGCUUAGAGAGAAAGAAGGCCAGGAUUCUUUCUUCUGUCUCUAAGAAAGACUUCAUCGAUGUGCUGAGGAGGACAGCAGGGGGUGAGGGACAGACCAGCAAGAUUGAAAAGGACACUGCUGCUUCAGCAGAGGAGAAGCCCAUCUGGGGCGUCCUCAGAGAUGACUUCAUGAUUGGAGCCACUAUGAAAGACUGGGACAAAGAGAGUGACAGAGAGGAGGUUGAUGCUGAUCCACCCACAGGAGAGGGCCUGGAGGAAAGUGAUUCAGACUGACACUAUCCAUACUGACUGAAGGGACUGUGUAGAGACAGUCUGGGGAUACAGGAAGAGAAGCCCUGAGCAGUACAGAAGAGCCUCAUACGCCUGCAUCUCAAAAUGUUUUUACAUCAUGUCACACUGUGACAUUAUUGCUGAAUAUAUUGUACAAAAAUGUCACACUUUAGUGAUUCUAAAUCUUUGUAUACUCUAAAGUGAAAAUAAAUAUGUUGAAACAAUA